CGAUUAUAAAAGAAAGAGUUCUCAUCUAUCCUCUAGUAUUCCUAGAUGUGUAAUAAUUUAACUAUGUGGUUCUUUCUCAGAAAAAUUGCAGUAUAGAAAAAUGAUAAUUCAAGACUAUGAAACAGACUAAGUUUCAUACAAAUGUGUAAUUUCCCUUUGCCUGACUAAUUGAACAAAAUGAAAAAUGCCAAUCGCCAUCGCCAUCAAAAUCGUAGAUCAAAAUAUCAAAAUAUUUUUUGGUUGCUCAGAAAAGCUUUUUGAGGUAGUACAUACCUACCUAUUUCGUUUCGAAGUUUUUAAAAAUCUGACUUCAAAAUCAAUGAUUUUUAUGAAAGAUUAAAACUCAUGUAGCUGUGUUUAUCUGUGGUGAAAUGGUUGUAAAAAAAUAAGUGAAGUCAUAUUUUACAAUAACAUGGGGUCAAUGAGGCCAACCGGACGGUUCCUUUCGUUUACGAACAACAUACAGAGAGCACAGAAACAAACUGUGCCUGGCAGUUUCCCUCAAAGUUUAUCUGGCAGUGAAACAGAUGUAUCGACUUCGAAUGAAAAUUUAUCAAGGGAGGAACGUUAUGUGGUCAGGCAUACAGCUCGGGUUGAACCACAGGGACAAGAGAACCAGAGCCAAAUAAAUAAUAAUAGAAACUCAUUGAAGGAAAGCAUCCCAGGAAGCAAUCGUAAUUCACUGAAAGAUUCAGUAGGUGGUUCAAACAGUAACAGAAGUUCUUUAGAUGUGUCAUCAUCCUCAUACAACACUCUAAUAAUUCACAACCAGGAUGAUUCAUGGCCAUCAAGACCCACACCUAUACGUGAACAUGAACGUUCAAGCAGUGAAGUAAAGCACCCUGCUACACAAUCAUCACCUUAUCAUACACUUAAAAAGGCUGAAGUUGGUAAGAAACCAAGCGGUAUACCUUUACCAAAGAGUCAUAAAGAACAACCGGUUACAAGCACAGCUAACUACAUUGAUAUUGGCGGCCAAAGGAUAUACACUAGCCCUCCGGAUCAUGGUGUUCAGGAAAUAAAUGAAAUACCAGACGAUUUUUUAAAUCAGUCGUCAGUAUUAAAACACCUUGCGAAAGAGGUGGCUCAGUCGCCUACACCCCACGGCCUCACGCCUCCUGCCUCGCCUCGAGCUCCUCCAUUGAGGGAGGAACCUCGAAAAAAUAAAGGCAAAGCGUCGAAAGCUAAGCUAAGCAAAGAGAAAUUGAAUUUGUCAAGAUCACAGCCCGAUCUAACCAGCGUGGGUGUCCGCGCGGUGCCGGGGGGGUCCGAGUCGAGCGGCUGGUGCAGCGGCGGCGAGGGCUCGCUCGAGGAGCCCGACGACGCCUUCGCCGCAGUACUGGAUGCACUCGCCGCCGAGAAUCAGCACCUCAAACGACAACUCGCCGACGCUUGCGAGAGGGUCGCCAAGACGACCAAGUUAGAAGAGGAGGUGGAGAAAGUCCGCAGCGCCCACGAAGAGUUGGUGGGCGCGUGCGACCGACGGGAGCGCCUGGAGCGGGCCGCGCGCGUGCGCCUGCAGGCCGACACCAGGCGGCUGCACGACCUCAACCGCGCGCUCAAACAUCAGGUGGAGGUGUUGUCGCAGGGGAUCCGCACCGAGGGCGACGGCGGCGCGGACGCACUGCGCAAGGAGCUGCAGAGCAGGGAGAUGCUGAUCGCGCAGCUCAUCACGCAGAAUAAGGAGCUGGCGUGCGCCAAGGAGCGGCAAGAGAUAGAGAUGGCGGCCCAGCGCGCCACCCUGCAGGAGCAGCGCACGCACAUCGACAUCCUCGACACCGCGCUCACCAACGCGCAGGCCAACGUCGUGCGCCUCGAGGAGGAGUGCCGGCACGCGGGCGGCUACGUGGAGCGGGUGCUGGGCCUGCAGCGCGCGCUGGGCUCGCUGCAGCACGCCGCCGACCGCCGCGAGCACUCCGAGCGCCAGCUGCGCGCGCAGCUCGAGGCAGAGCUCAACACGCUCAGGAAGCGCGAGUGCAAGUGCGGCAGUGCGGCGGCGGGUGCGGGGGGCGCGGGGGGCGAGGCGGAGCUGCGGCGGCAGCUGCGGGAGCGCGACGAGCGGCUGCUGGCGCUGGAGGGCGAGUGCGCCAAGUGGGAGCAGCGGUACCUGGAGGAGGCCGCGCUCCGCCAGGCGGCCGUCUCCGCCGCCUCCAUACCCAAGGACGCAAAAAUAGCGGCGCUCGAGAAAACGUCGGCCGAGUCGGAGCGGCUCAUGGCGGAGGCGCGCAGCGAGAAGAUCCGCCACAUGGACGAGCUGCACUCCGCGCAGAAGAAGGUCGCCGACCUCGAGAGCAGAGUGAAAGAGCUGGAGUCGAAGGUGGCAGAGCGGGACGCCAUGAUCAAGGUGCUGCAGAAGCACACGAGCGCCGCGUACGAGGCGGGCGGCGCGUCGCUCCGGAACCACUCCAGCCGCGAGGAGCUGGUGGCGCUCUCCUCCGGGGCCUCCUUCUCCAGCGCCGAGGGGGUCACCGGCCGGUACCGCAACCUCACGCGCAGGAACUACUCGCCGCACAACGACAACUCCAGCGGCAUCGGGUUCGAGAGCUCGUCCCUGCGGCUGGAGGAGCAGCUGGCGGCGCUGGACUCGCGGCUGGAGCGCGCGCCCGUGCCCGCCGUGAGUUACCGACACCCGCAGCACGACUACUACUGACGCGCACGCCAUAUACACCGCCCGUUCGAUUACCGGAAAUAAACAGCGUCCAAAACGCUGAGGUCAAAUACCUUGUCCUCACAAAAACACAUGCAAAUUAACUCUAGCGUAGCCGAAUUCCACGUAAGAACUCGUACAGAAGUUUCGAUAUAAAAAAUGUGAGUCGAUUUCAUCAUAGCGUGUUUUCCUCACAAAACACGUGGACGCAACUUUUCGGAAAGCGCUUUCGGACAACAGUUUGACACGCAUACUUUUUAAGUGUGUCGUAAUUUGUUUAGCGCGACGCUGAUUACUCCGUGACGUCACUCUCAGGUGUAAACACUAGAGCCUUACAAAAUACCUACUAAUGACGUCAUUCCCAAUUGGUCCUGUUUUUCGCCUAUCUAAGCGCUUGCAGCGUAAGGGUAGUCCCUGGAAUAGUUUCCAGCUACGCUCGGACUGGUAGGUGAGCCCAUUGCUAACACUGGCCCUAGCAAGAGCAGUGCUUCGCUGAACAGAGAGAAGAUCCGGCGAGAAACUUAGUGGUUUGUGUCUAUGGGUCAGUUGGUCAAUAUUCAAAAAAUAUUUGGAAUUUAUUUGUAUGUUCUCAAGUGUACGUCGGAUCUACUUUGGUACCCAAAAGGUCUAUCACAUAAUACUCAAGGUAAAGGUUAUACUUUCAGAUUUCUAUUUAGGUAUUGGACACAUCACUAUUAGUUCAGUUCGCCCAUUUGUCCGCAUAUUUACUGUAUAGAUUUUCACUAAAUAAUUCAUUUACAAUAUUCUCGAUAAAAAUAAAUUUAUUUAUAUUUAUUUUUGUCAAUUACUGGUGGUGUAUAUGGUGUGUUAUUUUAUUUUUUUGAAUUUCGAAAAUCACACGUUGAUAUAUAUUUAAUUUCAAUAACAAUGCGAAUCCUAGUACUACUUACAUUGUGUGUCUGUGUAAAAAAAAAAAACUAACAUCUGAGUUCCGUUUGAUGUGUGAUAUUGUUUACUGCACGAUGAAAAUGUUUUAAAGCUUUUUUUCUCAAAUAUAAAAUAUAUAGACGAUCGCUUUGAAAAACUCAAAGACGUUCUGUAAAUUAAAAAAAAAGGAAAAAAACCAUUGUGAAUAUAUAAAAUAAAAUAAUUCUGUAUGUUUGUUGUCGGAUAAAACUUGCCAUUAUUCAUCCGAUAUAAUAAUAAAAGUACAAUUUUAUUAAUAGCCCUUUUGUAUGUACCUAUAUUCUUAGGCGGCCUUUCACUAAAUAAUACGGAAAAUCAACGUACAUAUAAAAUAUACCUCAAGUAACGUGUCUUUCGUUUACCUAAUAAAGACAUUGGUACUCAAAGUUAGAAUAAAAAAAAUUAAGAUUCAGUACAAAAAUAAAAACUUUCAACAUUCAAUAAUUAAUAACAUUCCUUUUCAAAGUAAUACCCAAACAUUCCUUUGAGCCAAUUCAAUUCAUGGACAAAAUAGUGAACAGAUGUGAAAUAAAACGUACAAAUACCUGAUCGAGUGUAAUGAACUUGCGCUGUUAUUUAAAAAAAAAAAAAAAAGACAAAACCAAAAUGCGUUGUAAACGCUUGCAAAUCGAUGUCUCUACGAUCUGUGUGUGGCCCCGCACAAGACAGUUAUAACAGCAUCGAGAUAACUUUAGAUUUUUAUUAUUAUCUUAUGAAUCGUGCCUUAACGCAGACUUUUAAAAGUGAAAGCGUUCGCGCCAGCAAAACGUUCCGGACGCGAAAUCGCUUAGUUCAGCAAGAAUCUCUGAGUAUUCGUUCUCCACUAGUUAUCGCCUAGUCUUUUAAGUUUAUAUAGCAUGAGCCUUGAAAACAAUACGAAUGAAUGGAACCGAUUCUAUUCACUAUGAAGUUCUGUAUGAAAUACGGGAUUUUGAAAUGUUUUCGAUUUUUGUCUCUAUGGUUUUUAGUUUCCCGCCUAGUGUAAUUUACAUGUACAUUUUCAAAGGAAAAUAUUUAUUUUUCCGAAAAGAAAAACAGCCAGUAUUAAAAAAAAUAUUGCAUUAAAAUAAAAAUUACGAAAAGCAGAUGUAUUUUUACGUUAAUCCGUAUUGGAAUAGAAACAGAAAUCUAAACGUUAGGUUGUUUAUGGUAGUUGCCGCGGGAAAUGAUACGAAAUUAUUUUUGGAUAACAUUUUAAAAAUAAAUUAGUUUUAGACGUUGGUCACAAAAUCUGCCAAAGUUAGAAUAGGAUUAUUUAAUCGGCAUUUUGAAAAUUGUAUUUCGUGCUAAUAAUUAAAUUCGAUAACAUUGUUUCUUUACGAUUUUUGUACAUAUAUAGUACAUAUUUAUUUUUUAACAAUUAUGUUGCAUAACUGGAAAUUAUGCUUGUCAUACAAAAAUAUAAUUCUAAAUUGUAAUUUUUUACCAAUUUUGAGUACAAUUCUAAAAUUAUCAUUUGUAAUUAUUAGAUCUGUUCUUUAUGUGUGUACCUAUUUUGCCUUUAUUAAUUAAAGCUAAAUUUACGGUAUAUUGACUCUCCGUGUGUAAACUAAGUAUAGGUAAUUAUGUAUGUCUAAUCUUGUGCCUUAUGCGUUUGAUACACAUUUUGUUUUGAGGCUUUAAUAUUAAGGCAUAGUUGUUUAUGUAUAAAACUGAUAUGAGUCGACUAUUAUCAAAGGCGGCAAUCUGACUUUUGGACAAUGAUUGGUAAAUCAGAAAAACGAAUUAUUUACUUUGUAUUCCAUCGGCAGUCACAAAACUCUUCAGAACGACAUCUUAGAUAAAUAACAGGUUAACUAUUAACCUUUAUUUAAUGCAGGUUUUGAACCGUAUUCUUUGAAGCAGACGAUUAUAUUCAAAUCAAUCUGUAUUGACAUAUCAAUAAAUUUUUUUUGUCCAAUUGCACAGACUGCCACCUUUGAUAAUAGACGACUCAUAUGUCUCAUACGAUACAAAUUCGAUGUAAUGUUAUUUUUCUAAGCAUGUUUUUUAAAUAAAAUAAUAAUAAUGUUUUGUU